CCUAAUUAUGAAUAAAAUUCGGUCACGUUGUCAUGAAGAGUUACAGCAAAACUAAUUUUAAGGAGAUCAGCACCAGACGCAUUCAGACCAUGAGAUGCCAUUGGUCCCUCCAGCUGCUCCACCAUGAAAUUCGCGCACCGCAACUCGUGGCCAGGCAGGGUGGGACUUUUGUUCCCAUGUGGUGAUGACAGUCUAGAACAGAUGGUGAGGUUGCCUGUUUAGGCACAACUGUCGGUGUCGGACGCUUUUCAGUCCAGCUGACCUGUGCCAGGCAGCUGCUCGUCACUGGAAGCUGUGCGCUGCAGCGAUUUCACUUCUGAAGUACCACCGCGUCUCCAACACCGGAGACAGGAGCAGACACUCCGAACGGGCUGUUUUCCACAGAGAAGAUUUAUUCCCGUUAGUAAGGCUGAUUGUUUCUGUUCAGAUCUACAUCACCUCGCGCAUCAUCCCGGAGCUGCGGAUGCUGCAUGGGUCAGAUACAGUAGCCUGCAGCAGCCUUGCGUACGGAGGAUACAGCGCUUCAUAGGCUUAUAGCUCAAGGUGAAGCAGUGACCAGAUGAGCCUCUGCCUUGGCUUCUGCAUAUAACUUUCUACUGGACAAGAAAUCACUGCUACACCACUACAACAUCUAGUUAACAGCGAAGAAGACUAAUGCUCAUGAACCUUUCCUUCAAACCUUUCUCCAGCACACUGCCUCUCGUUUAAGCUUUGUGUGAGCAGAGAGAGCAGACAACAUGGCACUCAGCUUGCAGCCUUGGCCUCCUCUGCUCUGGGUGUGCAUGGGAGUUUUUUUUUCCUCUCUGUCACCCAUUUAUGGCAAAGAAUGUCCACGUUUGUGUGUAUGUGAAAUUCGCCCUUGGUUCACACCCCAAUCGACCUACAAGGAAGCAACCACAGUGGACUGCAAUGACUUGAGACUUGUGCACAUUCCUACCAAUUUGUCCACAGAUACUCAGGUGUUGCUGCUCCAAAGUAAUGCCAUCUCUCACACCAGUGGAGAACUGGAGGCGCUGUUCAACUUGACAGAGUUGGACCUAUCCCAGAACAACUUCAGCACUGUGGAAGCUGUGGGCCUCACAAGCAUGAAACACUUGACCACCCUGCAUCUAGAGGAGAACCAGAUCAGCCAGCUACCAGACCACUGCCUGGGAAACCUCUCAAAUCUCCAGGAACUCUAUAUCAACCACAACCAGAUAAGUUCCAUCUCCCCUCGGGCAUUUGCGGGUCUGCACAACUUGCUGCGCCUUCAUCUUAACUCGAACAGGCUCCAUGUCAUUGACAGCCGAUGGUUUGAAGAAACACCUAACCUUGAGAUCCUCAUGAUUGGGGAGAACCCAGUUAUUGGCCUCCUAGACAUGAACUUUAAACCCCUAGGAAGACUGAGGAGUCUGGUUCUGGCAGGCAUGGACCUUACUGAUGUUCCACCGAAUGCAUUUGUAGGUCUGGAUAACCUUGAAAGCAUCUCUUUCUAUGACAACAAACUGGCGAGAAUCCCUCAACUGGCCCUGCAAAAAGUUCCCAAUCUGAAAUUCUUGGAUUUAAACAAAAAUCCAGUUCACAAAAUCCAGGAAGGAGAUUUCCAGAACAUGUUACAUCUGAAGGAACUGGGUAUCAACAACAUGAUGGAGUUGGUGUCAAUUGACCACUACGCUCUGGACAACCUUCCAGAAUUGACAAAGCUGGAGGCUACCAACAACCCUAAAUUGUCUUAUGUGCAUAGGUUGGCGUUUAGGGACAUGCCCUCUUUGGAAAGCUUGAUGCUCAACAAUAAUGCCCUCAGUGCCCUUUACCAGCACACUGUGGAGGUGUUGCCUAAUCUGCGGGAGAUCAGUCUGCAUAGCAACCCACUGCGCUGUGACUGCGUCAUUCAGUGGAUGAGUUCCAACAGGACCACAGUGCGCUUCAUGGAGCCCCUGGCCAUGGUGUGCAACUCCCCAUCCGAACUCAAAGGCCAGCGAGUUCGGGGGCUGAGGCUGCUGGACUCCCCAGAGCAAUGCCUUCCCCUCAUAUCCCACAACACCUUCCCUAAUCACUUGGACCUCGAGUUGGGUAUGAGUGUCAGUCUUGACUGCAGGGCCAUGGCUGAGCCUGAGCCUGAGAUCUAUUGGGUGACUCCUCUUGGGACGAAAAUCACAAUAGACACUGUGUCAGAGCGCUACCACUUGAGCAGUGAAGGGACCCUGCAGCUGUCUCAUGUUCAGGUGGAGGAUUCUGGUCAUUACACCUGUGUGGCCCAAAACACAGAAGGAGCUGACACACGGGUUGCCACCAUCCGUGUCAAUGGCACCCUGCUAGACAGUGCCCAGGUAAUGAAAAUCUAUGUCAAGCAGACUGAGUCACACUCAAUCCUGGUCUCCUGGAAGGUCAAUUCUAAUGUCAUGUCCUCUAACCUCAAGUGGGCUUCAGCUACGAUGAAGAUUGACAACCCACACAUCACCUACACAGCUCGUGUCCCUGUAGACGUUCAUGAGUAUAACCUCACACACCUUCAACCUGCCACUGAGUACGAGGUAUGCCUCACGGUCUCCAACGUCCACCUGCAGACACACAAGUCCUGUGUUAAUGUUACAACACGUGGUGCUACCUUUGCCCUGGACCUGUCAGACCAGCAUCCAAGUGUCGCUGUGCUGGCUGUCAUGGCAACUAUGUUGGCCUUCCUUAGUCUUGCAACUGUGGGCGUCUACAUGGCCCGCAGAUGGAAGAGAAAAAACUACCACCACUCCCUGAAGAAAUACAUGCUGAAGACUUCUUCCAUCCCCCUGAACGAACUUUACCCUCCACUCAUCAACCUGUGGGAGGCUGAUGGAGAGAAGGACAAAGACGGCAGCAUGGAUGGAAAGCCCUCGCCUGUUGACACCACACGUAGUUAUUACAUGUGGUGAGGAUUUAGUAAAGAGGCCUGGCUGCCUCUCCAGCAGCACAAAAAGACACACUUUUGCCAUUUUGGUGCAAAAAUUGAAUAAAGUUGCAAAUGUUCUUUUGUAUUCUCAGCUUUGCUAAUAAGAGGCAGAGUGAUCGAGGACAGGAUUUUUAUUAGUAUAGCGUAUCGCCUUUGUUUGAUUCUUUCUAUUUCUUAAUUGUUUUGGACUCUCUAAGAUGGCAGCUGUAUUUAGCCUCCAGGUUGUCUUAGUUGCUAUGCUCUUGUUUCUGUGGUGCAUCUUUGACUCACUUACUUUUGGGUUAAUAGUACAGCAGCAGGAGCCAAAGGACUUCAUGCUUUAUUAGUGGAAAUCAGUGUUUCUCUGUUUUGUAAAACAGGUAAGCUGUUGUGCACAGAUAGAUAAUGGAGUUUGUCAGAACUUCACUUAAAAGCUGACAGUGGGGUUUAGACUUGUUAAACUGUCUACUGAAUGUUAGCAAUUGUGCAGUAAUGUUGUAUCAACUAUACCUUUGAUCUUUCUGAUUUAAACUGCGAGAGAAUAGCAUUUUAGUUUAAUGAUAAAUGUAAUGUUAAUGCUAGGAAUACAAAUGUUUGUUUAAACUUUAUUUUUACUAAGUUGCACUAGAAACCUUUUGACCCUCUUCCUGUUUACUCACUUAUUUUGCUUGACUUUUACCUUACUUGCUUAGUUUAUCAUUUUCACAUGCAACAUGUAUACUGAUGUAGUUAAAAUAAAUAACUUUUGGUUCUUUUGCAGA